GGUCCCCGAGAGGGGCGCGCGCGCUCCAGAGAAACGAACCGCUUUUCUGGAGGUUGUGGCGGCAGCGGCACUUCCUGCCUGGCAUCUGGGAGCGCCGCCGAGCCCACAGCACCGUCGACAUGGAGCCCGAGCCCGUCACGCUCCUGGUGAAGAGCCCCAACCAGCGCCACCGCGACUUGGAGCUGAGCGGCGACCGCAGCUGGAGCGUGAGCCGCCUCAAGGCCCAUCUGAGCCGCGUCUACCCCGAGCGCCCGCAUCCACAGGAACCCCGGCAUGUUUUGCAUCUGGUGUGCAGUGUGAAGAAGAGUCCUUCAAUGCCAGGAGCCAGCACAAAGGUUGCUGAAUCCAUAGAGCAGCCCGCUGGUCUUAAUCAGGGACAGUCUCCUGAGGAUUCCUCAAGUGACGGUUUAAGGCAAAGGGAGGUUGUUCGGAACCCUUUUCCCUCUGGAUGGGAGAAUAUCUCGAGGCCUGAAGCUGCCCAGCCGGCAUUCCAAGGCCUGGGGCCUGGUUUCUCAGGCUACACAACCUAUGGGUGGCUGCAGCUCUCCUGGUUCCAGCAGAUAUACGCACGGCAGUACUACAUGCAGUACUUAGCAGCCACUGCUGCGUCAGGGACUCUUGUCCCCUCGCCAAGUGCACAAGAGAUACCUGUGGUCUCUGCGCCUGCUCCAGCCCCUAUCCACAACCAGUUUCCAGCUGAAAACCAGCCCGCCAAUCAGAAUGCUGCUCCUCAAGUGGUGGUUAAUCCUGGGGCCAAUCAGAAUUUGCGGAUGAAUGCACAGGGUGGCCCUAUUGUGGAAGAAGAUGAUGAGAUAAAUCGAGAUUGGUUGGAUUGGACCUAUUCAGCAGCUACGUUUUCCGUUUUUCUUAGUAUCCUCUACUUCUACUCUUCCCUGAGCAGAUUCCUCAUGGUCAUGGGGGCCACCGUAGUUAUGUACCUGCAUCAUGUUGGGUGGUUUCCGUUUCGACAGAGGCCAGUUCAGAACUUCCCGAAUGAUGGUCCUCCUCAGGAAGCUGCAGAUCAGGACCCCAACAAUAACUUCCAGGAAGACCCUGAUCCUGAAAUUGCAGACCCCAACCGCCUCCCUCCAGACAGAGACGUAGUGGAUGAGGAGCAGACCAGCCCUUCGUUUAUGAGCACAGCCUGGCUCGUCUUCAAGACUUUCUUUGCCUCUCUUCUUCCAGAAGGUCCCGCAGCCAUAGCAAACUGAUGGUGUUUGCUCUCUGGCUGCUAGAGGCUUUGGCAGGCGUGGACUGGAUCAUCUGGUUCUGGCUAGAUUUCCUUACCUG